GUUGGAAUUCAACAAGUGUUUAUUUUGAUUUCAUAAAAAAAUCGGUUUCGGCUGCUCUCAUUAGUCAUUACUGCAAAACCCAAAAAUCGAAAUGAGCAAUUCUUCAAAAGAUUCAUUUUGGGCUGAAUUAGAAUCCAAGUUAAAAGAAGGGUUAGCUAAUCUUAAUUCGUUCCCUACCGAUCAUCAGCCCAUACUUAACCAAUUACAAGCAUUAACUCAGCUGACAGUUGAAGAUGACUUUAGGUCUUCAAUCCCAAAUGAAAUUUUGCAGCUUUUGUUGACAAUCAUCCAGAGACCAGUAGGUGUUCCCAUGGUUCUUGAAUGUGCCCGCAUUCUCAGAAAUUGUUGUGGGAAAAACUGGGAAAGCUUUCCUGACACUUGGAAUCAGUUGCUCAGUAAAUGCAAUCAGCUACUAGAAAGCUUCAUAUUAAAAGAGUUUCCAGUGGAAGAGAUUGUCCUUGCCCGUGUAAUUCUUCAAUGUGUUGGAAACAUAUUGAACACACAUACAAAUUUAUCCCACAUCAUAUGGGAAAGUCUUCAAUCUCAUUUAAGUAAAUUGCUUUCCCAUGAAGAUGAAAAAAUAAGCUUAUACUCAUCUUCUGUCAUGUUCGCUGUGCUGAGAAAUUCCCUCACUAUUAGAGAAGAGUUAACAACCCACAAGUGGAGAGAUCUGACAGCUGAGUUGAUUUUGUCUUCUCAUAAAGGAAUUCUUUAUUCACAAUUUGCAAUCAAACUCUUUAUGUGUGACCAAAACUUGUUGGAAAAUAUGUAUAACUUUCAAGAAUUACAUACACGACUCUUACUUCUUAACCAGAUUUCAGAAUUCUCUCCAGAAUGCGAAGACAUGGACGUUCAAAAUUGGCAAUGUUUCAGCCGAUUAUUUCAAGAAAGAGCUAACCUAAUUUUGCGAACUUGCGAGAAUCCCUCGUUGGAUCUGGAAGCCAUGGAAGCGACCAGUCUUGUUGAAAUACUAGCUAAAUCUUCUUCUGGUGAUGUUUGUCAUCGAGAACUUUUUCUGGAUGACGAUCUCUUAGUUACAACUAUUGACUUACUACGGAGCAUACAUAGUUUGGGUCAAUCAGGAUCAAACUAUUUUACGACUAUCAAUGAUCAUUUUGGAUCGGUCGAACCUCAUCCCGCCUUGAAUUUCAAAUGUAAUUUGGUUCGUUUACUCGGCAACUUAAGCUACAAGAAUCCUUCUGCUCAAGAUCGAAUACGUGAACUCGAAGCCAUCGCCCCGCUUCUAGAGUGCUGCAACUUGGACGCCCGAAACCCUUUCAUUCAACAAUGGUCAAUCCUGGCUAUUCGAAAUUUGUGUGGGAAGAAUAUUGCAAAUCAAGAAGUGAUCGGCUCCAUGACUCGGCAAGGAGUAGUCCAGCCUUCCCUGUUAGAAGAUCUAGGCAUGGUGGUGGAGGAAUCAGAUUCUGGCUUGUCUGUUCGACCUUGUGAUGCGAAUCGAAAGCCCUGAUCCAUCGAAUUCCAUACUCAUCCAUUGUGUACAGUGUGCAAAGUGCAAGUAAAAAUGGAACUUUUGAUGUUCAAA